GCCACACGGCCGUGCCUGGGAGGCACAGGGUGGUGGAGGGGCUCUCACUGGGGUAACUGGGGGCCUGUAUUGGGGGACUCCUUCCCCACUGACCCCCAUGGCAGGGCUGUCUUCAGGAUGCUGGUGCGGGUCCGGCGGCUGCUGGGCUACUGGAAGCCGCUGUUCAGCGGCCGCUUGCUGCUGCUGACCAACACGGCGAGCUCCGGCCUGCUGCUAGCCACCGGCGAUGCACUGCAGCAGGCCUGGCACCGCCGGCGCCACCCGGACGCGGAGCCCCAGCUGGCACGCACAGGCCGCAUGUUCGCCGUGGGCUGCAGCCUGGGGCCGCCGAUGCACUUCUGGUACCUGUGGCUGGACUCUGCCUUCCCCGCGCGCGGCGUGCGCGGCAUGAAGACCGUGCUGAAGAAAGUCCUCCUCGAGCAGCUGCUGGCAUCGCCCAUCCUGGGCGUCUGGUACUUCCUGGGCGUGGGCACGCUGGAGGGACAGUCGCUGGAGGAGAGCUGGGAGGAGCUGAAGGAGAAAUUCUGGGAGUUCUACAAGGCUGACUGGUGUGUGUGGCCGGCAGCUCAGCUCCUGAAUUUCCUCUUCGUGCCCCCCACGUUCCGAGUGGUUUACGUCAACGUCGUCACGCUGGGCUGGGACAUCUACCUGGCCUACCUCAAGCACAGGGUGAGUGCUGGCACCCUGCUGCCACAUGGCCCUGCCUCGCCAGGCUCAUGCCAAGUGUGCCUUGUGUCUCUUCCUUCCCAGCCUGGCAGCCCCCCGAGCCCCACGCAGGACUCCGCUCAGCAGAGCCCACGAGGAGUGGGGAUGUAG